AUGCCCACCUCGACUAUUCACCCAGCCUGGGAUCGAUUGAUCCGCUACCUCCCGCAAGGCGGCUCGAACCAAGUUCGCUGGGGCGAACCCAUCUUGAAGGAUGAACAAAGCGACAUGGCCAAGCUCUCUGAACAAGGCCAGCUGCAGGUCAAAGUCCUCGAGGGUCCAAACUUUCUAGACGCAAAGCCCACCGGGCAGACUGAGACCGUCGGAAAGCUGCUGGGACCAGUCACGGCACAGGAUGUCCCCAUCAUUCGAUGCAUCGGUCUGAACUACAAGACACACAUUCUCGAAACCGGACGCCCACUGCCCACAUGCCCCACGAUCUUUACAAAGCCCAGCCCUUCGGUAGCAGAUUAUAACGAGGAUAUUCCCAUCCCCGUCAUCGCCCAGGGCCAGUGCGACUACGAAGGCGAGCUGGUCUUUGUCAUUGGCAAGGACGCAAAGAACGUCCGCGAGGAGGAUGCCCUCGAAUACGUCGCGGCAUACACCGUAGGAAAUGAUGUUUCAGCUCGCGACUGGCAGCGGGAACCUGGCAAGGCUGGGCCCGUUCCACAAUGGAGCUUUAGCAAAUCCUUUGACAAGUACGCCCCGGUUGGCCCCGGUCUGGUAUCUUCCCGGCUUCUUGGGGAUGCGGGGAAUCUAGACUUGAAGACGAUUGUCAACGGGCAAGUCCGCCAGCAUGGCCACACGUCGGACUUGUGCUUUGGCGUGCGGAAACUUGUAGCCUUUUGUAGUCAGGGACAGACGCUUCAGCGGGGAACGCUGGUGAUGACGGGGACACCCGGUGGCGUGGGUUUGUUCAUGAAGCCGCCUGUGUUCCUGAAGAGCGGUGAUGUUGUCGAGGUUGAGAUUGAAAAGAUUGGAAGGUUGACGAACCGUAUCGUGUUUGAGAAGGAAUAA